UCUCGGGCUGCUAAACAGCUAUUUGACGGCUUUGACGCUACAUCUGAUAGAUUUGAUGACUGGGCAACGAGUAUUAUAGAUGUUUGACUAAUGAAAGAAUUGGAGUCUCGCGGCAUACGGCAACUCAUUGUGAUGAUUAAACUGCCAUCUCCCUGAAAGACAUUUAGGAAGGAUGUAAAGACCCCAGUUUCUCUCAUCAGAGAGGUUCGGUGCCAUCAACACUCGCGCAGCAUCAGUAUCGCGCUGGCUGGCAGGUGCUCGGACAGUCAUGUUUUCGUAGUAGCAUUAUGCAUACAACACGAGCGUAAGCUGUUAUCCUAUCUGAAAAAUAGAAAUUCCGAUUUGACUUAAUUCUCAGGAAUACAUUUUUCAACAGUGAAAAGGGUUUCAUUACAGAAAACGUUUAUUGAAUAAACGUUAAUGGACAUUAUCGGUGAUCAGCACUGACAGGGCAGCGUUCGGGAAGUUACGUGGAAGUUUGUCAGAAUAAUGAUUUUAUACAGGCAUCGAUUAAGCAUCUGCUUACUUCAGACAAUGUCAGAGAGGGUGUCAAUGACAACAAUACAGCAUAGGAGGUGCUGUUGACAUGGCAACUGUAGAGGAACAAACAUACUUCCUGGGAAUAUGGUGCACGAGGGAAUGAUUGAACAUGACUGUAAGCAGUAUGGCUCUGUUGAAUAUAGUCGGAUAUUUGUUUUCAUUGAUAUACAGUUGAAUGUAUACGCAGUGUUACAAAGUGUAUAGACACUUUGCUGGGAACAUUUUUUAGAUCACAGCAUGAUUGCAUCCUUAUUAGUGGAGCUGUGUAUGUGAGCAAUCUAAUAUUGAGAUUAGAUUAUACAUGUGCUCUAUUGUCCGUGCUCGGCGGCGUUAGGAACGUUGAUAUGACGUCACUUUUUGCUAGCGUUACGUUCACUGCCGUUCUCGCGGCACUCUCUGUGAUAUGCCAGACAACUGGCUUAAUUUUCCCGGGCUGGCUGACCGUGGAAAGUAAGCAGUUCAGCCUGAAUAUGGCACUGUGGUUCGUGGUGUUCUGUCAGCACAGGGUGGUAGUUAACAGCACCAACACGACGACAACGUGUGAGAAGUUCUCCUAUGGGAGAUUCUUCGCAGAAAUGAAACCGUCUACUGCUGCAAAUUUAAUGGUCGGGUACGAGUCGCAGGUGGGGACGCAGAUACAAGUCACUUCCUGUUGGCUGCUGGCGUUACUGGCGCUGCUGCUUCUCAUGCUCCAGUGGCGUACGCUGCGGCACCGGUCGCGGAGAGGUUUCACAAUCUACGAGGACGAGCCGCGGGGCACGUGCAACAGUAGGGCCAAGUUCCAAUACAGCGGCGGUUUUGCCGCCAUAUUCCAGAUGUUCUCAGGUGUGUUAUUGUCUUUAGUGAUUGUAGACUUUUCCAAGAAGUACCAUUCUAUAAAGGAACCCCGACCUUCAAUACCCUACACGCUUCUUAUAUCGGGUGCAGCUGUCGUCUGCUCUGCACUGUGUAGCGUGAUCCAAAUGUACAUUGUAUUUCACGUGCGGGAAAACCCGCCACGUCAACGACAGGACUCACGUGAGGAGACGGUUGACGCUCAGCAGAAAAUUCCCAUGAGCGACAUCAUGCAGGGCGCCGGUCACGCGUCCGACCCGGAAGCGCGACACUCGUCCAUGGACAACGGCGAGUACAUGUUUGGAUUGGAGUACAGCAACGAGGGGCCGCCUCUCAUGUACCGCACCCAGGGUACCCGGAAACCAGACAAACCAGCACACCCGUUUCCUGGAUACAAACUGGCCAAACAAAAUAUGAAGGGGCAUGACAAAAAGUGGUGGUCUAAAGUGACGUUUGCAUCCGUACCAUAUCUAUGACCAUUCAAGAAACAGUUGUGUUUGAACCAUUCAGUGAAGAAUAAUCAGUUUUGCAAUAAGCCAUUAGUAAUCAUGAUUGCACGCACAACCAUAGUAAUUGAAAUUAUACACAAGCGCUUCAGCGCGAGCAUAUACUUUCAAUCACGAGGUUAGUCGGCUGCGUAACUAUUUUGUACAGCUUUACGCAGGACAACGUUCAAUAACAACAGUGCAGUAUAAGUCAAUAGUGUUAUACUGUUUCCAUAAUUAAGCUAGUUAUCGAACGGUUAAGCCUCGCCACAGUAAUAAAGUUCCGAUAUUGGAGGUAAUGUAUAGUACAGAUGAAUAGUGAACUGCAUACAAAUUGUUUGUUUUUUUUUAAAUAAUUACAUUUGUAAUAGUUAAUGCACCCACUACCCGAAUUGUUGAAAUUAUACACGAGCAUUUCAGCCCGAGUGUAUAAUUUCAAUAACGAGGCCAUAGUGGGUGAUAAAACUGAUUUAUACCAUGUUGUUAAGGACAACUUUCAAUAACUAUUAUGUGGUAUAAGUGAAUAGCAUUGUAUUGUUUCCCGCACGCUAGUAAUUGAACUACUCAGCUCGGCCUACUUGUUAACGUUCCGUUAAUGAAUAGACGGGAAAAACACACACAACCAAACAUGAUGCAGCGUUCAUUAUCGGCUCUGUUCGCUGUGCAUGCAUUGAAUUUGCUUUUAAUUAACUGAUCCAUAAACUGUACACGUUUUCUUAAGGAUAUGAUUAAGAUCAUUUAGUUGCUUAAUAAUUGGCUACAAGCCACCCCACAAUAUUGAACAACCGCAUCAGCCAUUUUCAGGACAUUUAUUGCAAAACCCUUUAAAUGAGUUUUAUGUGUGCAAUUAGUCGAUUAAUAGUUAGCUCGUGAUUACUGGUAUUCUAAUUGUCUCAAUGUUGAUGUGUUGCGACCAUCAUGCAUCACUGUACUGACGUUCGAGGGGGUGUCAUUUAGGGCUGUAGCCUUUUGACUUGCACACCUCCCUCCCUAUAUUUGGUUUAAGGUGUGGCCCGGGGUGUGUGGAUAGUCCUUGAGAUUUCUAGUCCGAAAUGGUGCUUUUUGGGCGUACUUUAUUACCUUUUCUCCUAUAUAGAAAAGUAUACAUGGACGAUUUUAGGGCGGAGGUGGCGGUUUCGCUCCCCGCUCCCCUGGACCCGCUAGUGAUUAUGACAUGCAUAAUUUUCAAUGUCGGUUUUACAUGUUAUAUCGGUUCAUCAUAUUUCAGCCCAUAUUAACAUAUUUGCGAUUCCCAGUUUCAUAUGGUUCCGACCUUCAGUGCCUUUGAUGCAUGCUGUACUGCUUGAAAUACAUUUUAAUUUGUUCACCAUUGCGUAUGUCCAUGGCGAUUGCUCUGAAGUUUUCUAAAACGAAAACAUGAACGUGUAUUAUUGUCUUUAAUUAUUUAAAAGGAGCAAAGGUUAUGCGUAAGUGAUUUCAGAUAAACCAUGGUGUUGGCUUAUGUUUGUUGAAGUUAAAUUUAUGGUAUGUACAUAAAAUGUGGAAUAAAAGUAUUUUUCAUUAAUA